UUUCCGGAGCCAGAGGUGAAGCGGGGAGAGAGGAGGAGAGAGAGGCUGCUGCUGAGGGAAGAGGAGGGGAGCCGGCGGCGGCGGCGGUGGCGCUGGCGGGGAGUGGGCGCUGCUAGGGGCGGCUCUGCUUCCCCGGAGCCCCUGCUGCAGGAGGUUCCAUCAUCAGGAAGAUCUGAAUUAAGAUUCUGAAGUAGCGGCAGCCUUCUGUGACUUGCCAAGAUGUUGGAGGAAGAUAUGGAAGUGGCCAUCAAGGUGGUGGUGGUUGGAAAUGGAGCUGUUGGGAAAUCCAGUAUGAUCCAGAGAUAUUGCAAAGGGAUUUUUACAAAAGACUACAAGAAAACUAUUGGAGUUGAUUUCCUGGAAAGAGAAAUGCAAGUCAAUGGUGAAGAUGUCCGACUGAUGCUCUGGGACACAGCAGGUCAAGAAGAAUUUGAUGCUAUUACUAAAGCAUAUUACAGAGGAGCCCAAGCUUGUGUACUUGUAUUUUCAACCAUUGACAGGGAAUCUUUUGAAGCAAUCCCUACCUGGAAGGAGAAAGUAGUAUCUGAAGUUGGAGACAUUCCUACAGUGCUUGUUCAGAAUAAAAUUGACCUGCUAGAUUAUUCUUGCAUAAAAAACGAAGAAGCAGAGGCACUAGCAAAAAAGCUAAAAUUAAGAUUCUAUCGAACAUCUGUAAAGGAAGACCUAAAUGUAACAGAAGUUUUUAGGUAUUUGGCUGAGAAGUACCUUCAAAAACUCAAACAACGAAUAGUUGAAGACCCAGAAGUAGUUCAUACAAGUAGUAACAGAAUUGGUGUCUUCAACACAGCAGGCGGAAGUCAUUCUGGCCAGAAGUCUAAUUUGCUUAAUGGUGGGGAUGUCAUCAAUCUUAGGCCAAACAAACAAAGGACCAAGAAAAAUAGAAGCCCUUUUAGCAAUUGCAGCAUACCCUAAUCCUGCUGCAUAAAGAAGGGAAGAGUCUGGCGAAGCUGAUCCGAUGAAGUCUGUAAGGAACGUGGCUGCCUGUAGUGGUGUUUUACCAGUGCUUUAGCAGAUGUUGCACACUUUGGAUCCCACAAUGAUAGUGGGUACUGCUGUUAAAAUGAGUUGUUGUUAUUAUUGAUAUAUAAUGGGACUCCUGGUGGCAUGGAAAUAGAACCAUUGUCCCUUGCAUUUAUUUUAUUUUUAAUAGGACAACUUUCCAGUUGAAAGGUAUGAUGUCUUAAAGUGUACAGUAGAUUUCACUUUUUUAACAUUGAGCUGAAAUGCUUAAAUACAGUACCAAUAUUAUACAUACUGUCCAAGAUAAAAUUGCAUUUCCUGCUUAGUUGACACUCAUUAGCAAGUUAAUUUAAAACAGAUAUUAAACAUUCUUAAACUGCCUACCACACAUUCCAGCAACAUUGAUGGUGCAAUAUUUAUAUAGCUAAUGAAUUUCUGUGCAAACCUACAUAGAAAUAUGCUGACACAUCCAUGCUAAUAAAACUGAUACCAGGACCAGCUAGAAGGGCCUGAUAAAUUCUAAAGUGGCAUCUUAAAAUUAUUUUUUUGAAACUAACUUUUGAACAAGCCUUUCUCAAAUGGUACUACUGCCCAUGUUCAAAUCAUCCCUGCAUUGUGGGCCUUAACUUUAAAAAUUUCUCCUGUGCCAAAAACUAAUGUUUAUGCUGCUACACUUAGAUAUUUACUCAGUUUUAUGCCAGAUGUAAGUUCUAAAUUUUAACAGGGCAAGGAGGUGAUAAAUGGUACAGCCAGGCAAAACAAGUGUUUAUCUUUAAAAGAAAUAGAAAUCUGUAGCUUAUAUAUUUAUAUAUUCUAAAGGGAAAAGAAUCUUGGUAAAAUAUAGAGAUUAGUUGUCAAAAGAUUAAAGUAUUUUCAAGGAAUUUCUUCAGUGCAUCUUGUCCUAUUAUUGUGCAACCUAGGUUUGGGAAAUAAGGUCUUUUUUUCUCUUCUGUCAUUUUAAAAACGUGCCUGGCCUUAGUCACACUACAUAAAUGUAAGCCUGAAAUCUUGUUCUUGCUUACCUGGGAUAAUGGUUCAUGGUACUUUUUUGAGUAAACAUGCAUAGGAUCAAGCUGUUAUCCCAUUAAUAUUGAUGUACUUCCAAUAUUAAAUGUUUAGAGUGUUAAAACAUUUUAAAGCUCAUUGAUAAAACCUUAACACUAGUUUUCCUUUUGAAGCAUGCACCUACCAUACUGCUUCUGUUUACAUGUCAAUGUAAUAUUUCAACAAUAUUUCUGUAACAAUGUCCUGCCAGCAGCAAAUUGCUCUAUUUCUAGGCAAUUUUGAAAUACCAGUAGUUUUAGAAGCAUAUUGUUUUCAAGAGCAAAUAACGUGACCUGGAGCUCUACCAGCUGAACUGUGCAAUUCUUUUGGAGGAUGAUCUCUUCUUACAAAUAGUACUUUUACUAUACAGAUAUAUGGUGGGAAGAUCUAAGCAAAUGUAUCUUGUUAUAUUUUUGGAGAAGGUUUCUGACAUUCCAUAAAUUUAUAUAUAAUAAACCUGAAAUCCAGACUUCCUUCCCAGUGAUGUCUCUGCCCAGCUCUCUCACAACAUGUGCAUGAAAAGCAGACAAUUAUAUAUACUUACUGAACAUUGUAAGGUUCCAUUUGCUUUUGUAACCAUUCCCAUUGCUGGCAAUGAGGUGGGCAUUGCAGCUGUCCCUUCCUUCAUUUUGAAGUGUUGAAUCAAGCCCCUUAUUUUUAACACGUGUUACCUGGUCACUGGAUGGCUGUACAUGUAUGAAUCCAAAUUGUAUUUGUCUUGCUGUAAAACAAUCUCAACUUCUAUCUGUAGGGCUCAGUGUGCACAUUAUUUUUAUAUGGAAAUUUUUACAUUAAACUGUUAGCCUUACUUGUUUUGUACUUGUGGCUAGAAGGAGUCUGAUCUCAAUUUCUGUCUCAUUUCCUUUUGUAUAAAAUAGUACAAAUCUAAAGCACAAUUGUAACUUGUAAUUGCCAUUCAUGCUACUCUGUGUAAGGCCUUUACAUAUUCUAUGGUUUUCAAAAUUGAAAACAUGUCUAGAGUGCAUGAAGCAGGCGUGAAACAAUUUCUGAACAUAUCAUGGAUGUACACUGGUGUCUUAAAGCAGUGGUUCUCAAAUGGUGGGGCAGGACCCCCAGGGAGGGCGCAGGACAGAGUUGCUCAAGGUGGAGGAGGCUUGAGACUUGGAGGCCCUGAUCGCUCCUCCUCUUCCUCUUCCCAAACGUUUUUAUGUGUAAAAUUUAUGCAUGCAUUGAAUUAAAUACUGAAUUUACAUAAAUAAAACUGUUCUAAUUUGA